AUGAUUUGGGGAGACCAACCACCUUACAAAGAUUCAGUUAAGAUUGUUGAUGGCAACAAGUUAUGGUUUGUAAGACUGAAAAAAACUGAUGUUGGCCAUGUUCUUGCUGAUGGCUUCACCAAAGUUGUUCGGGAUAGUUGUAUAAGAAAAAAUAACUAUCUUAUGUUUCAGUCAUUUGGACAAUCAUCAUUCUUUCUAAUGGUGUUUAAAUCAUUUGUUCAUCAACACUGCUUUAUAUCCAAAAUCACACCUGACAAAGACGUUAUUGUCAUGGCUGAUGAAUUUUGGAGGCAAUUUCAUGGGAAAAAUUUCAAAGGUGGUCAAUCAACUCUUUAUUUAGGAGAUAGAUUUUGGAACGUUAAGAUGGACGGAUUAACUGACAGCUGUGUUUUUACUCAUGGAUGUUCUAAGAUGGUAAACGAUCUUGCCUUAGACAGCCGAUCUAUCUUUGUCUUUUCAAUGGUUGGAAAUAAAAUUUUCGAGCUUUCAGUCUUUAAUCAUCAAACCAGUACUCAAAUUCAGAACAACAAGGUUGAGUUAGUUGUUUUGGAUGACUCCAUCUAUGGUGAUGAUGGUGAUGAUUUGGUUAUUGCGUCCGAACAUAAGGAGAAGUGUAGUACUGCCGAAACUGACUUUCAGGAAAGUGUUGUUGUGGAAUGUGAAGACGACAAAUUUCAGUUGGCAAGUUUUGAGUCUGUGUUCAAUGUAAACCCCUAUAUUUUAAUCUAA